GACCAAUGACCAUCGCUGGUCAAUAUCGACACGAGGACAACGCAUACACGCAUGACCAUCGUGUAUCACCCGACUAGAGUGGAGUGAGGUCGUCUUCGUUCACGCACGUCCAAAGGCAGAGGUAUAUAUCGGCUCUUCAGUGUCGUGUCAGAAAGGGCAUCUCUCCCAACACACACAUCGAGAACAGUACUUCACAACCCCGGAACACUACUUGACUCCUUGCUAAGAUGUCGAACAACAACAGCAAUAACAAUCCCAAUCCUGGAGACAACCAGCCGACCGGAAGUACCAAUCCGAUUAGAAGCACCUAUCCGACUGGGAGCACCUAUCCAACUGGGAGCAACCAACAACAACCCGGAAGUCGCUUCUACCAGCCCCUCCCCGGCGAAGCCCACGGUGCAAGGCAAAUGUACUCCUUCACGCCCCUGCCCAUCGCGCCCAAUACAGGGUGGUACCCCAACCACACCCUACACGCCAGAGCGGAGCUUAAAGUCUACGACAGGACACUUCCACCCCUACCAGAGCGCCUCGGGCCGCCAAACCCCCGCGGAGGCGACACAAGGGAGUCGUGGACGAUGGCAGCGCGACAGCGAGCCGUGCCCGAAGCGGUGAUUAGUUUGUGGACGACAUCGGUCAUUUGGUUGGAGGACUAUGCGCCGCCGGCUGGGAUGGCGCGUUCGGUGCCGAUGCAGCAGGGCGGGCCGACUCCUCCGCAGCUGCCGGGUUGGGUGCAGCCGUUGGAUAUCCACCGGGAGAGUUUCACGCAGUGGGAGUGGAGGGCACGGCAGGCUGGUGUUAGCGAUCAGGAUAUCAAUGCUUGGUGGUGGUGGGCUGUGAAUCGGCAUUGAGGGUUUGACAGCCUUGCGUGUUCUCAGAGGCU